AUGGAGUGUGGUUUCCAAGAGGUGCUCAACACCCCAGGGUCUCAUACAAACUGCAGUGCCUAUGGGGAGUUGUUCAUAGAGGCUUCCCAUGAUGCUACGACUCUGUUUGGAAUGAGCAAUCAAACACACAUCACAGAAUUCAUCUUCCUGGGAUUUUCCAACCACUCCAGCCUACGGGGCUUCUUCUUCCUGAUCUUCCUGGCCAUUUACCUGACAACUCUCCUGGGGAACACGCUCAUAAUGUUGGCCACCAGAAUCAGCCCCGCCCUCCACACUCCAAUGUACUAUUUCCUCAGCAACCUGAGCUUCUUGGACAUCUGCUACACGUCCACCACCAUUCCGGUCAUGCUGGUCAAUUUCUUCAGGGAGAAGAAGACCAUCUCCUAUGAGGGCUGCCUCUCCCAGAUCUUCUUCUUUGUGACAUGUGCUGGCACGGAGGGUGUUCUUUUGGCUGCCAUGGCCUAUGACCGCUAUGUGGCCAUUUGCCGCCCUCUUCAGUAUCCAGUUCUCAUGAGUGUGAAGGUCUGUGUCUGCUUGGUGACUGGCUCCUGGCUCUGUGGCCUGGUCAAUUCUGUGACUCACACAACACUGACAGCCACACUCACCCUGUGUGGACCCAAUCAGAUCAGUCACUUUCUCUGUGACAUCCCACUGCUCCUGAAGCUCUCCUGCUCAGACACCUCUGUCAAUGAGUCUGUGCUCCACGUGGCCAGUGCCACCAUUGGCCUGAGCCCCUGCCUGUUCACUGCAGGCUCCUAUGUGCUCAUCAUCUCUGCCAUCCUUAGGAUUCCCUCUGCUCAGGGCAGGAAAAAGGCCUUCUCCACCUGUGCUUCCCACCUCACUGUGGUGGUGGUCUUCUUUGGAACAGCUAACUUCAACUAUGACAGACCCAGGGAAGGCUACUCCUUGGACAUGGAUAUCCUGGUGUCUGUGCUUUUCUGUGUUGUGACCCCCAUGUUGAACCCUAUCAUCUACAGCCUGAGAAACAAAGAGGUCAAGGGUGUCCUGAGGAAACUUAUUAAAAAGCAUGACUUCUCUAGUGAGAUCAACAACUAG